CCGCAAACGAGAAAAGCCAAGUUUUGCGCGGUGUAGGAAUCAAGAAACGAAUUCUAAUAACUGGCAUCGUCGUGUUUUUUCCCUUUUCCCUCCGUGCUGUCCUUGGUAUUGCCUCAUCUUCAAAUUGCGAUGCGGCAAGUAAUCCCUCAUUCCUUGCUCUCGAUCUCCUCGUCCUCCCUUUGAUCCCUCGAUUUAUCGAUGUUUGCUUUUUAAUUUUGUUUUUGUUUGCUGGAUUUGUUAGACAGUAUCGUUGAUAUUUCCAAUCCUGCGGGAGGGGCAUGGGGAAAGAGCCCGCCGCGUCGCAGUUCGAGGUUAAGAUCCAGAUGCGGCCAGGGGACUUCGAGCACAGCUGGGCCUCUUCGCCGGUCCCUCCGCCGCAGCUGUCAGAUCAGCGUCGCUCGCUCCCGGCCGACAGCCUGCCAUUUCGGCGGUGGACUCCCUGGUUGGCGCCGACUAUCGUCCUGGCUAACAUCGCCGUGUUCGGUGUCAUAAUGUACGUGAACGACUGUCCCGAGAAUACCCCCGGGCUUUGUGUUGGCUUAUUUCUCGGCAGGUUCGCCUUUCAAUCCAUUAAGGAGAAUCCCUUGUUGGGGCCAUCGUCCUUCACGUUGAAGAAGAUGGGGGCUUUAGAUGUGCAGAAAGUGGUCCAGGAGCACCAAGGAUGGCGCCUACUUGUAUGCAUUUGGCUACACGCUGGACUUGUUCAUGUGCUUGCUAAUAUGUUGAGCCUUAUCUUAAUAGGAAUACGACUUGAGCAAGAAUUCGGAUUUGCAAAAAUUGGUGUGCUAUACAUUUUGUCAGGAUUUGGUGGAAGUUUGUUAUCUGCUCUCUUCCUCAAAUCAAAUGUCUCUGUAGGUGCCUCUGGUGCACUGUUUGGUUUGCUGGGUGCCAUGCUUUCUGAACUAUUAACCAAUUGGACAAUCUACACAAAUAAGUUAACAGCAUUGUUCACUCUUGUGGUGAUUAUUGUACUUAACUUGGCUGUUGGAAUCCUCCCACAUGUGGACAAUUUUGCUCAUAUUGGUGGAUUUAUAUCUGGAUUUUUUCUUGGAUUUGUGCUCUUAAUUCGACCCCAAUUUGGCUGGGUCAACAAAAAGAAGGUUCCACAUGGAUAUAUUGCAACUAAAUUGAAAUCCAAGUAUACUGCUUAUCAGUAUGUAUUGUGGAUUUUUGCUACCAUGCUUCUAAUAUUUGGGUUCACAUUAGGCCUUGUGAUGUUGUUUCGUGGGAUUGAUGCAAAUGAAUAUUGUUCUUGGUGCCAUUAUAUACAUUGCGUGCCCACACGAAUGUCGAGUUGUACGGAAACAACCAUUUCUUGCUUGUCAUCUCAAGAUGGGAUCUCUUUGAACUUAAAAUGUGAAGGAUCCCAAAUAACACAAAGCUUCGUCCUCCCUAAUGCAACUGAGAUUCAGAUAGAUGAGUUAUGCAUCGAACUUUGUCGUUGACACAUGCUCAUUCUGUCUAUGUUUUUUUACCAAAGGGUUUGAUAGGCAUUGCUUAAUUAAUUAAAAAAAUGUAAAUCCAUUUGUUAAUUUGUUGUUUUGCUCCAAUUCGAUAAUAUACACGCCUUUUAGAGUUGUUCGUUGUGAAUUUAUGCUGUGUAUUGCUCAAGAGGUAAGAUUUUAAAUUUGGCCUU